AUGGAUCUCGACAUUGAAAUGGACGUCGACGACGUCCACAACUUCGCGCCCCCCACAAUUCCCGAGGCAUAUACCCAAGAUCUCGUUUCCGAGGACGAACAGGAACCUGGCGAGGUAGAGGAGGCACCCAACCACGACGAUAAUGGCGACAUUACCGACACGGACAAGGCAGUAGUGCCCUACAAAGUGCACAUCAAAGGCCUCGAUACCUUCAACCCGGACCACGUCAAGGGCUACCUAGCAGAACACUACACCACGAGCGAACUUAACCGCGUUGAGUGGAUCGACGACACAUCUGCCAACUUCAUCUUCAAAUCCGAAUCCGCAGCACAGGAAGCCCUCGUUUCGCUUGCGGCUGUGGAAAUCGCCGACGCGACGCAGCUGCCGCCUCUCGAAGUGAUACCCGCCAAGGGUUUCUCGCAAAAGCCCGAGUCUACAUUACGCAUCCGCUUCGCUGUCGAGGGAGAUAGGAAGGCGGCUAGGGCUUCGGAGCGUAGCCGGUUUUACCUCCUGCACCCCGAGUACGACCCGGAGGAGCGCCGGCGCAGGGGCGAGUUCGGUGGCAGGGGUAAAUACCGGGACCGGGACGACCGCUACCGGAGUGACAGGCGAAGUGACAGGCGGAGUGACAGACGGAGGGAUCCCCGCGAUGACGAGGAGCCCGAAACCUUCGACAUUAAUUUCUAUGACGACGACGCACCGGCCCUGGCAACACGGACAGGCAGGUCCUCACACCCGAGGCGGCGCUCAGAGUCGAGCUCUUCCGAUACCAGGCGAGCAGCGCAGCGGAACCGAGAGAAGGAACUUUUCCCGUCCAAACUUUCCGGGAGUGGCCGCGGCUUGCGCGAUCGGUCAGCUUCGCCGAUCCGGGACCGUGACGGGGAUGCCGAGAUGGAUCUGGAUGAGGACGCACGGGCAGCCGCGGCGUUGCGCAGCCGGGAGAAGGGGCGUUCGAUCAAAGAGCGUCUUUCCCGGAACAACAACACAAAAGAGCUUUUCCCGUCAAGGGACAGCAAUAGGACGAGAGAGCUGUUUCCCACCAAAGCGGUCUCUUCCGUCGGCAGCAGGGCGCAGAUGGAUCAAGUCGGCGACACAGCGGUUCUGGCAAGCGAUCGGAUCACGGCGCCCGGCACGAGCGGCUUCAACAUACGUGGCAUCGCCAACAAACGCGGUAGUGACCAAGGCAUCGCCAUCAAGGGGAUGGGGCCCACGGCUAAGGAGUUGUUCCCCGAGAAGUUCGGGAACGCCGGCAAGGAGCUUUUUGCAGAGAAGAUUGAAAGCAGGAGCCGAAGGAGACAAAAAGCGGAAGACAUGUUUUAUUAA